GAUGGCGGCGCCCACGGCGGCAGCGUGAAAGUUGUGGGAAGACGCGGUCCGGUGGUGCUGGAAUCAGAACAGCGGGACCUUGCGCCAUGUCGCGACUGAUCGUGAAGAACCUCCCGAACGGGAUGAAGGAGGAGCGAUUCAGACAGCUGUUCGCCGCCUUCGGCACGCUGACCGACUGCAGCCUCAAGUUCACCAAAGACGGCAAGUUCCGCAAGUUCGGCUUCAUCGGCUUCAAGUCUGAGGAAGAGGCCCAGGCCGCACUGAGCCAUUUCAACAAGAGCUUUAUCGACACGUCCCGGAUCACGGUGGAGUUCUGCAAGUCCUUUGGGGACCCGACGAAGCCCCGAGCCUGGAGCAGACACGCCCAGAGGCCAAGGCAGCCCGAGCAGCCCGCACCAGGCCCCGUCCCCCCAGAAAUUAAGGAAGAUGACAAGCAAAGAAAGGUCCCAAGCGAGCUGGAGCAGCUGAAGGAAGAUAGCGAGUUCCGGGAGUUCCUGUCGGUUCACCAGAAGCGGACCCAGGUGGCCACGUGGGCAAACGAUGCCCUGGACACGGAGCCCCCGGCAGGGAAGAGCAAGCCGACCAGCGACUACUUGAACUUCGACUCCGAUUCUGGGCAGGAGAGCGAGGAGGAGGCGGCCGAGGAGCCUGCAGCAGAGCAGGGCCUCGCGCCAGAGGCGGCUGCACAGAAGGGGCUCUCGGACAUGGAGUACCUGAAGUCCAAGGUGGUGGCCGCCACGUCGUCCUCAGAGGAGGAGAGUGAGGACGAAGCAGUGAACUGUGACGACGGGAGUGAGGCAGAGGAGUCCUCGGCCACCGAGACCCAGCAGGCGCGAGGGAGCACGGGGGCCCUGCCUGGGAGCAGGAGGCGGCAGGAGCCCGGAGCCCAGACAGAGAAACCAGCGAAUGAGAAGGAGCCCACCACCCCCCACACCGUGAAGCUGCGGGGAGCCCCGUUCAGUGUCACAGAGAAGAAUGUCGUGGAAUUCCUGGCGCCCCUGAAGCCAGUGGCCAUUCGGAUAGUGAGGAACACGCAUGGGAACAAGACAGGGUACGUCUUUGUGGAUUUCAGCAGCGAAGAGGAAGUGAAGAAAGCCCUGAAGUGCGACAGGGCGUACAUGGGUGGACGCUACAUCGAGGUGUUCAGGGAGAAGCACGUGCCCACGGCCAAGGGGCCCCUGCAGAGCAGCACGCAGCCCUGGCAAGGCCGCACGCUCGGGGAGAACGAGGAGGAGGAGGACCUGGCUGACUCCGGGAGGCUCUUUGUGCGCAACCUGCCCUACACCAGCACCGAGGAGGACCUGGAGCGGCUCUUCUCCCCCUACGGUCCCCUGUCAGAGCUCCACUACCCCAUCGACAGCCUGACCAAGAAACCCAAGGGCUUUGCCUUCGUCACCUUCAUGUUCCCCGAGCACGCGGUGAAGGCCUACGCGGCAGUGGACGGGCAGGUGUUCCAGGGCAGGAUGCUGCACGUGCUGCCGUCCACCAUCAGGAAGGAAGCCAGCGAGGAUGCCGACAGCCCCGGCUCGUCCUACAAGAAGAAGAAGGCGUCCAAGGACAAAGCCAGCAGCUCCAGCUCCCACAACUGGAACACGCUGUUCAUGGGGCCCAACGCCGUGGCCGAUGCCAUCGCACAGAAGUACAGUGCCACCAAGAGCCAAGUGUUCGACCACGAGACCAAGGGCAGUGUGGCUGUCCGUGUGGCCCUCGGGGAGACCCAGCUGGUCCAAGAGGUGCGGCGCUUCCUCCUCGACAACGGGGUCAGCCUGGACUCCUUCAGCCAGGCCGCAGCAGAGCGAAGCAAGACCGUGAUCCUGGCCAAGAACCUCCCCGCGGGCACCCUGGCAGCCGAGUUGCGGGAGACCUUCGGCCGCUUCGGGAGCCUGGGCCGCGUGCUGCUGCCCGAGGGUGGCGUCACCGCCAUCGUGGAGUUCCUGGAGCCGCUGGAGGCGCGCAGGGCCUUCCGCCACCUGGCCUACUCCAAGUUCCACCACGUCCCGCUGUAUCUCGAGUGGGCUCCCGUUGGCGUCUUCUCCAGCACAGCCCCACAGAGGAAAGAGCCCCAAGAGGCACCAGCGAAAUCUGCAGAAAAGAACAUGGUGGAGCCAGAAAUGGUGGCUGACGGAGAGACCCCAGGAGGUGAGAAGCCAGCAGGGGAAGAAGCAGAGGCCCCCACAGCCAAGGCAGAAGAGGAGGAGGAGGAGGAGGAGGAGGAAGACGAGAGCCUUCCAGGAUGCACUCUGUUUAUUAAAAACCUCAACUUCAGCACCACAGAGGAGACGCUGAGGGAAGUGUUUUCCAAAGUGGGCGCCGUGAAGAGCUGCUCCGUGUCCAAGAAGAAGAGCAAAGCAGGAGCGCUGCUUUCCAUGGGGUUUGGAUUCGUGGAGUACCGGAAGCCGGAGGGAGCCCAGAAAGCCCUCAAGCAGCUGCAGGGUCACGUCGUGGACGGCCACAAGCUGGAAGUGCGCAUCUCAGAGCGAGCCACCAGGCCCGCCCUGACCACUGCCCGGAAGAAGCAGCUUCCCCGCAAGCAGACCACGUCCAAGAUCCUGGUGCGGAACAUCCCCUUCCAGGCCGACCGCAGGGAGAUCCGGGAGCUCUUCAGCACCUUCGGGGAGCUGAAGACGGUGCGCUUGCCAAAGAAGAUGGCCGGGACGGGCACGCACAGGGGCUUCGGCUUCGUGGACUUCCUCACGAAGCAGGACGCCAAGAGAGCCUUCAACGCCCUGUGCCACAGCACCCACUUGUACGGCCGGAGGCUGGUCCUGGAAGUGGGCGGACUCCGAGGUGACCCUGCAGGCCCUGCGGCGGAAGACGGCCCAGCACUUCCACGCUCUGGGCUGAUCACCUGGUGGUCCGCACGGACAGUCGGCUCUGGCUGAGGAGAAGGCCCGUCCCACACAGCUGGCA